CCCCGGCGGGCUGGGCCGCCUCGGCGGGGCAGUGCGGAGCGGCGGCGCCGGGCAUGCGGAGCGGCCGGCUCCCGGGCAGAUGAUGGCGAUACGCGAGCUCAAAGUCUGUCUGCUCGGAGAUACCGGGGUUGGGAAAUCGAGCAUCGUUUGUCGGUUUGUCCAGGACCACUUCGAUCAUAACAUUAGUCCUACUAUUGGAGCAUCCUUCAUGACUAAAACUGUGCCAUGUGGGAAUGAGCUUCAUAAAUUUCUGAUCUGGGACACAGCUGGUCAGGAGCGGUUUCAUUCCUUGGCUCCGAUGUACUACCGAGGUUCAGCAGCAGCCGUGAUAGUGUAUGAUAUCACCAAACAGGAUUCAUUUCAUACUUUGAAAAAAUGGGUAAAAGAACUAAAAGAACAUGGUCCUGAAAACAUUGUAAUGGCCAUCGCUGGAAACAAAUGUGAUCUUUCUGAUAUCAGAGAGGUUCCUAUGAAGGAUGCCAAAGAAUAUGCAGAAUCUAUAGGUGCAAUUGUUGUUGAAACCAGUGCAAAGAAUGCUGUUAACAUUGAAGAACUUUUUCAAGGAAUAAGUCAGCAAAUUCCACCCUUAGAUCCUCAUGAAAACAGUAACAAUGGAGCAAUCAAACUUGGAAGGCAGGCUUCACAGACGGGUAGGCGGUGCUGCUGACCCAACGUGAUCUUUGCAGAUUUACUUGAAAAACAGCACCAUUUGCUUUUUUUUCACUGAGAAAGGACUUCGUGAUCUCAGCGACGUGGCUCCUUAUCUUGAAAGCAGUAAUUUCAAUACUUCCCAUGAGCAAUAACGCAAGGACCAGAAGCAGAAGGCUUUACUUCAAAGGGAUUUUGCAAAACCCAGUUGGAAAAUCCUCUCUAAUAUCCUGUCAAAAUUACAAUGUCAGAGUACUCCGAUUCUCUGUUUAAACCAGUGACUGUUUUGGGGUUUUUUUAAUAAAAAGAUCAGUUUUUAAAUAAAA